UUCAUUAGAAGGUAUGACUUGCAUUCUGGAAUUCAUGAUUCAAUUGGAAAUCAUGAUGACACAUCAACGUGUGUUGGAUAUUCUGAUGAAACCUGCCAAGUAAUCACUGCUGGUUUGGAUAAGAAGAUAUUGUCAUGGGACACACGUACGCCGAAGGGUAUUGCGUGUGUAAGAAAUAUGGAUUCAGAGGUGAUGUCCAUGUCACUCUCAGGCUUUGAUAUGAUGGUAGCCGUUGGAGCAUCAAUAUAUGUAUAUGAUUUGCGCAGGCUAGAAAAACCAUUUCAAUCAAAAGAUUCGCAUAUGGGUGUUCAGAUUGUAUGUGUUAGUUCAAUUCCGUAUGCUAAAGGGUUUGCAGUUGGCUCAGUAGAUGGACGUGUAGCAUUGGAGAUUUCCAGCCCAUCGAAUUCAGAUGACAUCAGAUAUAUGUUCCGGUGUCAUCCAAAGUCAACUGACAGCAAAUAUCAUCUGGUGUCGGUGAAUGACAUUGUAUUCAAUCCGAUCAUCUACGGUGCCUUUGUUACUGGUGACAAUGAGGGUUAUGUUACCGCAUGGGAUGCUACAAGCAAAAGGAGGCUGUUUCAGUUGCCUAGAAACCCAAACAGUGUGGCAUCCUUAUCGUACAAUCACAAGGGACAACUUCUGGCUGUCGCAUCAAGCUACACAUAUCAAGAAGCUAAUGAAAUAGAAGAGCCUCCUUUGGUAUUCAUACAUGAAGUUGACAAUGACAACAUGAGAUCUGUAUCUGUUGGAAGUUCAAGUAGAAGAUAAUUGUACACAGUCAAAUGAAGGAUCAUGUGUAAAGUUAUGAUGCUCGUGGCGUCCUUGUAUAUUAAGUGUUGCCCUUCCUGAACAUGAAGGGAAUGCUAUACCCACCGAAAUUGGAUGAAUAGUCAGCUGCAAAAUCUAGAAUUUUAGGAACUGCACCUGUUGUAGAAUGGUGUUAACUUUUGUAAUGUUCUUCUAGACAGAAACUACUUUCAUGGGUUUUGCUCUACUGGUUGUAUGAAGCAUGCUUGUUUA